AAAUAGAUGGAUUGGAUUAUGAUUUUGAUUUUGAAUUGGAGGAUAUUAACAAUAUAUCAAUAAGACAGGAUGCAGUUGUAUAUGCCUGUGACAAAGCAAUUAUUUCUAGAGAAUCAUAUAGAAUGUUAACAAAUAUAUAUCCUGAUUUAGAAUGUUAUUAUAGAAUUGAAGCACAACCAAAUAAUAGUAGGGUUGGAACAAGUUUUAUUAAUGAAAAUACUAAUAUAGAAAGUGUAGGCUUAUAUGAUGGAGAUGGAGCAUAUCGAUCAAUAAGAUCUAUUUUAAAUAUUUUAAUACCACCAUUAAAAUGUUCAUCAACAUUUAGUUUUAAUUAUGAUUGUUUAUUGCCUAUGAUUGAUCAUAAAAACUGGAUACCAGAUGCGUUGCACUUAAUGCUUAGAAUCAGUGAUGUAUUAUUAGAAUGUUUAUUUUCAGAUCUUUGUAGAAAUUUAAAAAAAUUUGAAAAUGAAAUGGCUAAUAGAAUAAUCAAAGAAACCAGAAGAAUUGGAAUAACCAAAUUUGAAUUUUAUGAUUUAAAAAGUUCUAAAUGCAACUGGACAACCUUAAAUGGAUCAGAUAAAUUGAAAUUUUUAGAAUUUUUUCUUGUUUCUAAAUUUUAUAAUAAUGAAAAGGGGAUUAACAUAGAAAAAAUGUGGAGAGAAUUUGUAUGUUUGUAUAAAUUAAUUAGAAAAACUGCAUUGAGUGAUAUUGAAAUAGAUAAUUUUCAAAAAGAUGUUAAACAAUGGAUUAAAACAUUUACUAAUAUAUAUCAUAGUGAGGAUGUUACUCCUUAUAUGCAUGUGUUUGCCAUGCAUUUACCACAAUUUUUAAAAGAAUUAAAAAAUCAAGCAUUAUCAUUGUGUUUGUUUUCUUCUUCAAGUGUUCGUUUGUUUUUUGAAAUUACUUGUAUGGGUGGUGGUGAAAAAAAACAAUCAGCUGUAUAUAAAAUAUUAAAUUUUGAGAAUAGACAAUUAUAUUAUCUAAAAAAUAAUACACCUUCAUCAUUCAAAAAAAAAUAUUAUUCGUAUUAA